AAAACUCACUUGGUAGUUGGUGCACAACCCCCCCUCACACUCACCCCCCACCACCUACUCUCCGCACCGUUGUUCGACAGGGUGGGAUAGGUGGGGGUUUACCGAAGCAGUGAAAAACUGCGCGGAGAUUUUAUUGAAUAGUUUGGCCAAAGGAAUUUUGCGCGAUGAGGAUUACCGACUGUUUUUUAAGUCGAGGCGUGCACAAAAUGCGGUUCAGUCUAUGUCUAUCCUCUGGCAGUUUUUUUUCGGUGUGUGGUUCCCACGGGAUCCUUGGUUUGCUUCAACGCUCUGUCUAGGAGAGGACCAACCGAAACCGAAGGCAAGUCAGCGGAACCCAGAGUGUCUAAAACAAUCCCGCUCUGGCCGCAGCUGAUAUGAUCUUCUGGCAGCGCCGACACCAUCCGUUCGCAGUGAGGAUGCUAUGCGCUGUGGGCAUCUUGAGUGUUUCCGGAUCGUCGGAUGAGACUGGAGAUAGCAGGUGUACGUCUUCUCAAAUAACAAACUGUAGAGAUUGCAUAUACCAAGGACCUGAGUGUGGGUGGUGCUUUGCAGAGGAUUUUCUACCUGGAACAGCAAUCCAUCAAAGAUGUGAUCUUACCUCCAACCUUAUUCAGAAAGGCUGCAAGUUGCAAUUCAUUGAAUCACCCCAAGUAAAAAAUGUAGUAAACAGUGAUGCAGGAGGCACCCAAGUGACACCAAAAGAGAUUUCAUUGCAUUUAAGACCUGGCAGUGAAGCAAGUUUUAUCCUGGAAGUACACCAACUUGAAAAGAAUCCAAUAGACCUGUACUAUUUGGUUGAUGUAUCUGUGUCAAUGCAAGAAAAUUUAGCAGAGUUAAAGUCAGUGGGACUCAAGUUGUCACAGAAAAUGGAAGAGUUUACUGAAGAUAUUCAGAUGGGUUUUGGAUCAUUUGUGGACAAGCCUGUUUCACCAUACAUAAGUGUCUACCCUCCUAAAGUAAUCAAUCCAUGCAGUGAUUUUCCAAGUAGCUGUAGUCCAGCACAUGGGUUUAUCCAUGCACUUUCCCUUACUAAAAACAUCACAGACUUUACAAGGGUAGUGCAGCAGCAGCACAUUUCUGGAAAUAUGGACACACCCGAGGGAGGCCUAGAUGCUAUGCUUCAAGCAGCUGUGUGUCAGAGACAGAUAGGCUGGCGAAAAGAAGCCAAGCAUUUACUUCUGGUGAUGACAGAUGAACCCUCUCACCUGGCACUAGACAGCAAGCUGGCAGGGAUUGUAAUACCUCAUGAUGGAAACUGUCAUUUGAAAAACAACACAUAUGCGGGGUCAACUAAGAUGGAGUAUCCAACAGUUGGACAGCUAGCAGAAAAGUUACUAGAAAACAACAUAUACUGCAUUUUUGCUGUUGGAGAAAGGCAGUAUAAGUGGUAUGAGGAUCUUACUCCAUUACUUCCAGGGACGGUUGUUGGAAAACUUUAUGAAAAGGCAACAAACCUUAAAGAAUUGGUUGUUGACGCAUACAAGAAGCUAAUAUCUGAAGUUGAAAUACUGGUGGAAGGCCCCACAAGAGGUUUCAUCAUUAAUAUUACUGCCAAGUGCCCAGAUGGAACAGAAUAUGAAGGCCUGAGCAAGUGUAGGAAUGUGAAGCCAAAUCAGAAAGUUCUCUUCAAUGUGACAGUCAAAAUGAAUGAUUGUCCUUUGGAAGAAGGUGACAUACAGGUAUUGAUAAAACCUGUUGGAUUUAAUGAAACUACAAAAAUUAAAAUCAUAAGCACCUGUAAAUGCCAUUGCAGAACAUCAGAGGAAAAGGAGCCUGGAAAGUGUCAAGAUGAAAAUACUAAAAAGUGUGAGAACUGUCAAUGUAACACACCAGAUUCAGACUUGUGUACAUGUGAAAGGCCAACUGAUAAACUUUUGAAAAACUGUAGAGCUGAUGACACACAACCAGUCUGUAGCAGUAGAGGCACUUGCUCAUGUGGAAUAUGUUUAUGUGACCAAAGCAAUCUUGGAAUAAUCUUCGGCAAACAUUGUGAAAUGGACAAUUUUUCUUGCCCCUAUAAUAAGGGCAUACUCUGUGCUGGUCAUGGACAAUGUGUAUUGGGUGAAUGCAAAUGCAAUACUGGAUGGGAAGGUGAAAACUGUAAUUGUACUGCUUCUCAGGAAUCAUGCUUGACUUCACAAGGGGAGAUUUGCAGUGGCAGAGGAAAAUGUAUCUGUGGGAAAUGCCAGUGUGAUGAUUCAAGAAGUUCUGGCCAUCUUUGUCAGAUUUGUCCUACAUGUGACAGUGCUUGUGAAACAAACUGGCAGUGCGUACAGUGCCACUUGUCAAAUGAAUUUUCAGAUAAUAAAACUACACACUGUAACACAACAUGCUCCCCUUUGGUACACUAUGUCAGUCAUCACUCCGCAUCGAGGAGUGAAAGCAAAACCUCAGCAUAUUGCCUUUAUCCAACAGAAGGGAACUGCCACUACAAAUUUCAUAUGGAAGCCCAAUUUGGUAUCAGGCAAUUGCAUAUCUACAAACACCCUGAGUGUUUAUCUGAACAACGUUACUUUCCUACAUUUAUUGUGGUUUUCCUUGUGACGCUACUCUUUGGAUUCAUUUUUAUAGUCAUCCUGAGAUGUAUUAUAAUGCGAGAGAAUAAUUUAAAAAAUAAUUCUCCAGCUGUUGUCCAUAUUUUGACAUCCAAGGAAGACAUAUCACGCAUACCUGCUGUGAAUGAAAAAACAGUAACUUACAAGCGGGAAAAUCCUGUGGAGCAUCCAAUUCAUAAGAUACCACUGAAAGAAUUUUGAAGGCACAGUCGUAAAGAGUUGCAGGAAAGAAGAAAAGAGCUUUUAAGAUAUGUAGCAAUUAUAAUGUGAACUAGCAAGAAUAUGUUUUUUUUUUUUUUUACAAAUCACUACAAAGAAAAUGUCAUUUUUGAAGACUGUUACUCACUCUCAUUUAACCUACUGAUUUUAAUACAGUUGAAUUUUUGGACUGUAUUAAAAUAAAAACAAGCUGAACUUUUACCAGUACUGGAAUACAGCAAGUUGUAUACAUAAAAUACUAAUAUAUUUUAAUUAUGAUGAAAUGUGCUCUUCAUGUAAAUGAUUAUACUGUAUACUAUACAGUAUAUGCAAGUGUAAGGUGAAAAAGUAUCCUCAAUGGUUCUUAUUUUUCUAAUAGUUUUAACCACCUGCACACUGUUAAUGUAUCUGUCCCUGAUGUCUUUUGCAAAUAGUAGAUCAAUAUGGCCACUCACUGUUUCCAGGAUUUGAAAUGCAUUUGAGGCCAAGCAGGGCUAGAAACUGUGAGUAACUGACAAGCACAAUUAUCAGAAGGGGUUCUGGUAUCUUGUAAACAUUUGCUAGAUGUUCCCCAAUUUGAUCUCUCAUGUUUUCAUUUGUUUUGGACCAUUUAGAGAUGCUUAGAGGUUCUUUAAGUAGUCAUUAGUUUUCACAAGUGAACUGAAGUAAGCAGUGUGGAAAUGGCUUAUUACAUGCCAAUAGGCAUUUUUGUACAUUGAAAGAUAAUACAGCAGUGUCAUUGUGUUUUUAGUAAAUACAUUGUGGAUAAUUAUAUCACGCACUUGUAAAUACAUACAGCAAACAUGUAUUGCAAUAUCACAAUUCUAAAUUAGGAGAUUGUGCCCACUUGUAUACCUACUGCUGCUGUUUUGAAACUGGAACUGUAAAAACACUGGAUUGUUAUUAUUU